AGGCACGGAAUAUCUUGCUUAGUCUUAGCCUCCUGUGCUCUGUACGUUGCACGCGUGAGUGUGCUGCUGCACAAUCAACGGCUGUGGUGGUAUGAAGCAGUUUUAGUGGCCAUCGCUACGUUGCCCUCCAUUGUGGCCAUUGGAAUCAUGCCUCUGGAUGUUUGGGAGAAGGAGACCCUGUUUUCGGAGCGCCAGCCCGGUCGAAACUCUCGUUUGGAUGAGGUGAAUGUUGUUACCCCCAAGUCCUCGGCUGGGCCAGCAAGGCCGAAAUCUGCAAGCCUUGCUGCAUCGCCAAAAUCCAGUCCUGGGUUUCUGGGCGAUGUGAGCCGGGCCAGUUCGGGUGCUUUGCAGGGCCCAGCACGGAUGUUGCUGGACGAUAGCUCGGUGAGUGGCUCGCCUCCCAGACUGCAGCUGCCUGGGGUGGAACAUCGGCAGGCGCGAAACCGGCAGUCUCGGUCACAGUCAGCACCUCCACAAGUACGAGAGCGGUCGAUGGUGCGGAGCCUCCAGAAUUGUUGUGCAGACAUUCAGAUUGGGGGAGAGCGCUGCGAAGUUGUGGGGCACGAAAGGCCAGAAGUUACCAUCAGGAACCUUCGGCAACAAGUGCCUCCACCCGCGCCUUCACCACCUCCGUUCCAUGAGGAGCAUCCCAUGCCUCCACCAGAAACAUCUCAUGAAGCGGCUUUGUGGUCUGGUGGCUCUCCUGUGGCUGUACAGAGCCCUGGAGCGCCUCAUUCUGCAGAUGGCUCACCAGUCGUUGCCCUUCCAUCUGCUCCGUCCAGCAUGGAACCCAUUUGGUCAGAUCUGGCAUUGAUCCAACUCGCCAAGGCAUCCACUCAGCAGUCAGAAACGCCCAGCUGGAGACGGAAAUUCCGUUGGCCCAAAAUCAGCUAUGGUUCCAGGGUGGUUUUAGGCGCCCGUUUCCUGGAGCUGCUGGUGGCCUUGAGCGCCCUGGCGGUGUUGGCCACGUCUCCGGUCCUCUUCGGCUUCCCCGAGGCGGACCCGGCGCCGCGGCUGCCGUGGACCAAGGGCUCCUUCGGCGCCGUGCCGCCGCUGUUCCAAGGCACCGCCGCGCUGCUGGGCAGCACGGGGGACCUCAUCCUGGCCGCGGGGCCGGUGCUGAGAAGCUUUCGGAUGGUGGAAGGGCGAUGGUCGGUAAUGGGUGAGCCAUUGCUGUUGCCACAAGCCGUGUUGGGCCUGGCCGAGUGGGAUGGCCAACUGGUUGCUUUGAGCUCGGAUGGCUUGCGACUUUUGGGCAGCAUGGCCAUGAGCUUUGGGGUGAUGACGCUGCCACAAAGAUGGCAGAACCCACUAGAGCUGGUGCAAGUGCAGUUGGAGGCAGCACAGCAUGCGGCACUGCCCUCCCGGGCCUCGCCACCCACCACGGCGGCCGCGGCGCUCGUUGGGAACGCCAUGGCCGUGGUUCUGUCGGGGGCCGCGGGGCUGCAGCUGUGCCGCGCGUCCAAUGGAACAGCCCUUGCCCUGAGCUUCAUUUCCAGCCUGAAACCUGUGGGUCUGCUACCCCCAGAGACCACGGGUCUACACCUCAGCACUGGGGGCAGCGAGCCCGUGGUGCUGUGGACGGUGGGGAAAAACCGGCAGCUAAGUGCCGUCGGCUUUGACUCUGGGCGGGUGCUGGCGACGUUCCAAGCUGCUGAGGACUUGUCAAUAGAGGCUUCAAGUGCGAUGUUUGUCACUGGAAAUGGCAGUCAUUUGCUCCUGGUGACCGGUGGACCAUCGCUGGCGAUCUUCUCCACACCGUAUCCAGCGUUAGAUUUCCGCUAAUGAUCACUAUUUGUUGGUCUCGCCCGAGCGAAUAUGUGGAUGUGUGAAGCAGUAUGAUCGAUCGACC